CGAAAUACCCAUGUAAUAUGUGACGUCAACAGUAAACAAGCAGACAGGUAUAUUUGUAUACAGGUAAUACCAGGUUACCUGAUUGACUGCAACAAGACUGUCAGGGUGUAUAUAGGGGCGCAUAAACCGGUAACAGAAAUGGCCAGUAAUGUAUAUAGCAGGGACGAUGACGAGGAAGAUCAUUACGUCAAUUUAAAAAGUGUGGUUGAUAGAGUUAUAUACGACACGCCCGCGGUGCAUAUAGGGGCGCAUAAACCGGUGACAGAAAUGGCCAGUAAUGUAUAUAGCAGGGACGAUGACGAGGAAGAGCAUUACGUUGACAUCAAAAGUGUGGUUGAUAGAGUUAUAUACGACACCCCCGCUCCCGUUCGUCCUAAGAUGUUAGCAGUGGCUGCUAUUGACUUUGGAACGACAUUCUCGGGAGUCGCAUACUCAUUUGUUGGAGAUUACGAGCGUCAGCCACUUCAGAUUGACGCAAGAGUAUGGCAUAGCACGAAGGGAACAGGAGUGAUGUCACACAAGACCCCGACCUGUCUCCUCCUCUCUUCCAAUAAAUCAUUUGAGGCUUUCGGCUAUGACGCAGAAGACCAGUAUGCGGAACUGGCCGAGGAAAACGCCCAUUAUGGCUAUCGGUACUUCAAGAACUUUAAGAUGCUACUUCAUACAGACGAAGGGUUAAAGAGGGAUGCUGAGAUCAAAGACGAGCAAGGUCAUGCCCUGCCUGCAAUGCUGGUGUUCUCGGAAUGCAUUAAGUAUCUCCGGGAUGAAACGAUGAAGACAUUGAAAACCAAAGGGGAUCUUAUCCGAGCGAAUGAGGUCAGAUGGGUGAUUACCAUGCCUGCCAUCUGGGGAGAUUCUGCUAAACAGUUCAUGAGGGAGGCCGCCGAACAGGCAGGCAUUGAGAGAUUCCAGCUGGUAAUUGCAUUGGAACCGGAAGCUGCAUCAAUAUUCACGAAGGAGCAACUGUCCCAGCGGAAGUUCAAUGAAGAUGGCACUGCUUUCCUGGCACCAUAUGAUCCGGGCACUAAAUAUAUGGUAGUGGAUCUAGGAGGUGGUACUGUCGACAUAACGAUAAGACAGGUUCUAGAAGACAGGACUCUUAGAGAGGUCCAUCAGGCCACCGGUGGCGCCUGGGGAGGGAUGGGUGUCAACGCCAAUUUCCUUGCGUUUAUCUCAGAGCUUGUCGGUGACAAUGUCCUUUCGGAACUACGUUUGAAUCACAAGGCCGAUUACCUGGAGCUAGAACGGUCCAUCGAAAUGAAGAAACGUCAUUUAGAAGGCGAUAGACAAGGUAGGAUAAUGAUUCCCCUGCCUGCAGCUCUGAUGGAAGUGUAUGCAGAUUUAAACAACGGUGCUAAACUAACAAAUAAAUUAACAUUCGAGUCCAAACAUCCGGGGAAGGUGGACAUACAAAGAGGUCAUUUACGUAUAAAUAAGGAACUUGUAGCCGGGUUUUUCAAACCAGCCGUUGACAACAUUGUAAAGCAUCUGAGGGAGGAUCUUUUGACACUGCCGGAGGCGUCAGAUUUAGUAGAUAUCAUUUUAGUCGGUGGAUUUGCGGAUUCAAAGAUCAUUAAAGAGACAAUAACUGAAGUAUUUUCCACCAAAUGUGUUGUUGUCCCAGAAGAAGCAGGACUUGCCGUUCUUAAAGGCGCCGUGCUUUAUGGCCAGAAUCCCAAUGUGGUUAAAGAACGCAUUUCUAAAUUCACGUACGGUACUAGAUCUUUCAGGCACUUUUUAGAAGGUUUUGAUUCUCCAGAAAAGGAAACCUACAUUGAUGGGCAAAAGUACUGUGGUGAUUGCUUCGGUAAGAUAGCCGAAGUCGGGAUGUCUUACACGCUCGGAGAUGGUCAGGAUAUUGAGCUCAGUCCUGUCCGUGGAGAGCUUACCAGAAUGUGUGUAGAUAUCUACAAAUCAACGGCAAAAGAACCUGUCUACGUGACCGAUGAAGGUUGUUCCUAUCUCGGUCGCAUUAACGUGGACAUGUCGAACACGUCCCGGGGUAAAGAGAGGAGUGCAAAGGUCAGGAUUACGUUCGGAGACACUGAACUCAUCUGUGAAGGAAUUGACGAAGGUACCGGGAAGCGUAGCAGGGAAGUGCUUGACACACUUAGCAGCACGACCUAAACUGAAAGGAGACGACUGCAGUCCCCUUCCUGUACUGUGAACACGCAGGAUAACUACAUUAUUCUAUCAACGCUAAAAACAUUAAGAUGGCAGAAAGAGGGAUUUGAGUUAGUUUCAAAUAAGAUUUUUGAAACCAAGAAACUGUUCACCAGUGUAUGAGUAAUCAGGAAAACGCAUUAAUAAUAAAUUAAAAUAUAAGAGCAUAAUUAUUGUUCUAUUUCCAUACAGACCAAACACAUAAUACACACCAUAAAAACCAUUAACAACAUACAAACCACUACAUGCCAUACAAACUAUACACCCCAUACAAAACCUACGCUUCCACAAUAUGCACAUCAUAUAAACCAUAAGUAGUAAUCAAACAUACAAUGUCAUGUACACCAAAAGUUGAUUUGAUUGAUUUGUUUCAGUUAUUUAUGAGAACGGGCAUUAACGUGACUCGAUGUUAGACGAGUCUCUGCUACAUGUAUCAGCGCGGGCCAUUCUCAUUUAUCUAGUGGCAUGAAUGACUUUCAUAACCGGUACUGGGGUCAGUAUCUUAUCAGUAUCUACAUUAUAUAUACCUCAGUGUUACGUUAUACAUACCUAAUCCACCAAAAACUGGGCUUAGACAAAGAAACAUUUCCUGACCAUACCUGUUUAACGUGUCUUUUCUGAACCAAUGUUCACAUUGCAAUCGUGUUUGUAGUCCGCUUAAAUUUGCAACUGUCAAUAAUAAUAAGCAAGCAUCGAAAUUCUGUUGGUAACCUGUUUACUGCUCUGGUAUACAUGACCUUUGCUCUUCAUAUCUGGCGGUAGCGAUCGAAGGAGUUUCGACCUUGGACAUUUUUUGGGCCUUUCUUGAGCUGCCCCCUUGACUUGUCCGCGAGGUGUGGGGGGACUUGGCCCAACCCCGUUCUCUCAGCGUCUCUCCGAGGACUGGGGAGGAGCCGGAAAGGGAGCUUAAUUGAUUGAUUGAUUGGUUUUACGUCCGCUUCACUAACGAGUAGUUCUGUUAUCAAGCAGACGAUGGACUGGGAGCCCAGACUCGGGGCUUUUAUAUUUAUAAGUGUCAAUACACGCACUCAUUUGACUAAAUGCCACAUCCGAAUUCGUCAGUUUAAGGACGCUAUGUCGUAAUUGUCGUAAAUGUCGAUUAGAAGUUUGCUUUUUAAUUGCCGUAUAUUGCUAUAACUGACUUACAUCAGAAAAUCAAAAUUGCUUUCGGUUAUUUUGUUGUUAUUGUAAAUAAAUAUGUCUGCUACGCUACAAUUAGUUAAGCAGAAAAUGUAAAAUAAAAUAUUUUGCAUUGAGUAUUUGUUUGUUCUGGUUUAUUUGGUGUAUGUUCAGAAAAAAACCCUUAUAUAUUUACAGCACAUCCAAAGGUUACAAUGCUAAAAUAACUAGGUCACAUGGGGAAAAGUAAACUUAUACUGGUGUUUGGUUUUAUAACACGUCGACAAUAUCUAAAGCAAUAAUGAUUAACUUAGGAUGGUUUCUGAUCUCUGCGAUUUGACAUCAUUGUGAAGUUCAAUGCAAAUUCAAAUGGUCAUUUUGAUUUGAUGGCAGUCGGGAAUAACGAAAAUGUAGAAUUUUUCUGCUUUUGAGAAAGCAUUAGUGUGACUAUUUAUUAAAGAAACUGAAUUCUUCACAAACAGCUUUUGACACGAAAAUACUGCCUGUUAAUGGUAAUAAACAUGUCAUGAAAGUAUCACUUUUCUUUCAAUAAACGAAUUUGAAAGUCGUGUUAUUCCCCAUUCUAGAAACAUAAUACUACCGUUGUAGUACAUUGUAUGUGAAACUGACAUGUCAGGUCUGUUAUUAAGAUUCUGUAUUUUGAUAUACCUGUCGACUUUUGAUAUACUUGUCGACUUUUGAUAUACCUGUCGAUUGAUAUACCUGUCGACUUUGAAGUAGUCUUGUUUAUGUUUUGUCAGCUUAUAUGUUAUAGAAGAUGUUUACAGAAUUAAAUCGUCUUCUUUAUGAAAUAAACUUUUC